CCAUAGCAGCAAAACUAACGGAAAAACAAGAAGAUGCGCCCUUAGGACCUUUUGUAAAUUGAUUCUUGCUCCAUGAGAAAAUGUCGUAAACAGCUCGGAGACGUCUCAAUUUCUUCAGAAACUGUUUACUCUACACGAUAGACUUAUUUGCAAAGAAUUUCUGGAUUGAACUCUGGGAGUUGGUUUUCUGAGAUUUGAGUUUUCCACAGACCCUGAUUUCAGGAGUUUUGAUAGAGCCUUUGUAUACACCACCUGAGUUCGGAAAUUCUCUUAGCUAUUCAAAUGUUUUUUCAAAUUUAUUCUAGCUAUUAUGAUCAUGCAAUAAUUGCGACUAGACGCAUUUAUGUGUCGCCGGGAGCCAAAGGGUUAAGGCAAGAGAUUUGAUGCUUUUUGAGCGGAUGAUCAUGCGUCAAUCGUGUAUUUAUAUUUAUAUUGUCUGCUGAUUAUUCAACUAUUUUUCUCUCUACUAUCUAACCUUUCUUUUCUAGAAGAAAACGAAACGAGAAGAACGAAAAGAAAAGAGAUAUGGCAGUCGAAGACCAGAUACAUACGGACAAUUACAACGACGAAGCACAAUUCGUCUCGUUUCAUUUUCUUCUGGAAAAGAAAGGUUGGAUAGCAGAGAGAAAAAUAGUUGAAUAAUCAGUGGGCAUUAGUAUAAAUACAACUGACGCCAUUCGGUUUAAAAGAAAUUCUUUUGUAUUUGUAUAUCCUUAACAAGAAUUUUUUACUAAAUCGAAAUGUAGGAAAUUUAAAAAAUGAUUCAAACCGCUGCUUUAGUUUUAUUGUUCUUAAUAAAAACUCUACCGAUUAUCAAUAAAAAUGAACCAAAUUUGAUGAAACUCGGCAAAUUAAGGGUCUUGAAAGAUGCUCUUUCAUCUGGUUCAUUUAGAUUUUUUAAAAGUGCUUGAAAGUAAGGUUUUUAGCUACUACUGUACAAAAAAUAUUUUUUCCAAAAUACACUAUUAACAUGUGAAAGAAUUUCGAGAUGGCCAUCGUAUUUAAAACUGAACGGACUACACUUCAAAAAAAAAACUCGAUUCUCCAGCAAAAAGUUUAAAUUUUUAAGCUGAAUUUUAAUUUUUAAAACUUUAUGCAUUUUUAAAAGUUUAAUAAUGCGUCUCAGAAAAAUGGUGUAGAAUUCGGUAAGCCACCAUUCGAUACAGAAUCAAAAGCUGAGCAAACCCAGGAAUUUGACAACUUUUACAGAUCGGUUUUCCGGAGACAGGUCCUCUAGGAAAUUAACUUAAAAUUCCAAAAUUUUUUUCUUUUAUCAACCAUUUAUAGACUCCUGUUAUUCUGUAAUUUAUACAUUUGAAAGGCUCGAAUUACAGGAAUAUACAUAGUUUGUCGUCCUCUGUAAAAUGACCCAUAAAAAAACAUUUCGGCUUGUAAGUUAAUUAACCUGUCUCUGGAAAACCGAUCUAAAAAACCUGCGAACGCCUCCAAGUUUAUUCAGUUUUUGGUUCUGUAUCGAAUAGUGGGUUGCUGAGUUUUAUACAAAAUGUUAUGUUUUAAAUGUAACCCAUUAAGUUUUGAAUACAAUGGCCGUCUCAAAAUUCUGUCAGAUACCGAUAAUGUUUUUUGGAAAAAAUAUUUUUUGUACAUUGGUAGAGAGAAAACUAUGGUUUUCCAAAAACUCUACUUCCAAGCACUUUUAAAAAAUCUAAAUGAAUCACAUGUAAGAGCGAAUCCUUAAGGUCCUUGUUUCAUGAAAUUUGACCAGCGUAGGCACAAAUUACUCUAGAUCAACUUUCUCAUCUAAUGGGCCUAUUUUGUGCUCUGCUUUGUAAAAAAAGAGAAGAAAAUAAAUGAUCUGUUUUAAAAGUAUUGACAUGCACAAAAUAGAAUAAUAACGACGUUUUUAAUAACAUGAAGCGUUCUUAACAAUUAGUAAUUAGUGAACUAGACGCUCUAAUUACUUUUAAAACAGACUAAAAACUGGUCGUAAAAGCUAAAGAGAUAAUAUGACCUUGCUCUACGUUUCGUUUGAAUUGUUCGAAUAAACAACUAUCAAAUCUGACUUAUGAAUACUAUAGCCCGCUGGAACAAAAAUGGUCGUUAAUGCAUCUGAAAUCGUAUUUGACAGCACUUAAAUUAGUGGCCUGCACUAACAGUCUUAUUAUUAUUGUUUUAGCAUUGAAAUUAUGCUCAUUUUCAUUAUGCUCAUAAGAGACGCUCCGCGUUCGAGAGCAUAAUUGUAUUUUGUUAAUUUUCUUUAUAUUAAUAAACAGUUUAAGUCAAAUAAACAGUCUUAUUUCAUACAAACAAUGUCUUAAAUUUUAUAAGAAAGGAGAUAUUGCAACGUCCGUAAGUUAUCGCACUACUGUCAUUUAUCAAAUGGAAAAUGAAUCGAAUGGAACAGAUUUGGAAAUGUUAGAAGUCGUGCAACGUGAUAUGUCAAUUGAAUUGAAUUGCAACACGCAGCCGCGUCAGAUUUCAAAACCAGAUAUUAAACACAAUUAUAUUGAUGCAGAACAAGCAUCUUUCGAAGAGAUUGCUGGAAUUGUAUCAAAUAACGAUGAUCCAAGUAUAUUAUCUGUAACAUUUAGAAGUUGUUUUAUGGGUGGUUUGUUCACUAUAUUUCUAUCUGUUAUAAAUCAAUAUUUUCACUAUAGAACAAUAUCAUAUGUUUUUCCAUCUAUUCUUCUAUUAUUGUUUUCUUAUCCACUGGGAAAAUUAAUGGCAUGGUGUUUACCGAGAAAAGAAUUUAAUAUUUGGAGAUGGAGUUUUUCUCUAAAUCCUUGCCAAUUUUCUAUGAAAGAGCAUGCUUUAAUUUUUGUUAUGUCAUCUGUAGCAGCUCAAAAUAUUUAUUCAAUUGAUAUUAUUGUAAUUAAAAAUAUUAAAUAUAAUGAAGAAACAAGUUUUGGAUUGGGAUUAUUUUUUGUUAUAUCAACACAGGUCAUGGGAUACGGGAUGGCAGAGCAGUCAACAAGUCUUCGAUGGUUAAAUAUGAGUCGUCUGAAAUUUUUUAUUCUUGCUAGUAUAUGUCAAGCGAUUUAUUAUUGGCUACCUGGAUACAUUAUGCCUGUUCUGACUGCACUUUCAUGGAUGUGUAUGAUUAAACCCGAUAAUGUUCUAUUAUCUCAGUUGACUGCUAAUCGUGGAGGUGGCAUUGGUUCAUUAAUACUUGACUGGAAUACGGUUACGGGAUCAUAUGCGCUGCUAAAUGUUCCGUUUGCAUCACCAAUAAUUGUGCCACGUUGGGCGCUUAUCAAUAUUCUUAUAGGUUUUGUAACUAUUGUGUGGAUUAUUAUUCCAAGCUUUUAUUAUUCAAAUUUAUGGAAUUUUAAACGUUUUCCUAUUGCAGUAAAUCAGUUUUAUAAAAUCGAAAAUGAUCCGACAACAUGGUUAAGUGCUUCAUCUGUCAUCGCCUGGAGUCUUCGUUUUUCAUCGUUACCAACACUUUUUAUUCAUACAAUCUUUUAUCACGGUAAAGAUAUUAUCAAACAAUGUCGUACAUCAUUAAGAAAACGAGAAAAUGAUGUACACUGUGUAUUAAUGGCAAAGUAUCGAGAAGCAUCAGAAUGGUGGUAUAUAGUUAUAUUUACCACUGCAUUCGUUAUUGUGAUGAUUAUCUGUCAUUUUGCUCAAUUAAUAACAUGGUAUUAUUUAUUAUUAGCUGUUCUAUUUGCUUCCAUUUGUUUAUUACCUAUUGGCAUUGUUUUAGCAGUAACAAGUAUAAAUAUAGAUGUUUAUGUUAUCGCUGAAACUCUCGGUGGUAGCCUAUUGCACGGAAAAACAAUUGAACUUUCAACAUUUGUUAUGUUUGCAGUUGUCGUACAAACUCAGGCACUUGGUUUACUCAUGAACUUCAAACUUGGUCAUUACAUGAAAUUAUCACCACGUGUGAUGUUUAUAAUACAACUUGUAAUUACAAUUUUCUCAAGUAUUAUUAGAUAUAUUACGACUAAUAAUUAUUUAUUAACAUCUAUACCCAAUUUAUGUAACAGUGAUGCAUGGAAUUGUACAGCUAUAGACUGGGCACCAAGUAAUUUUGCGUCUAACGGUGAGUAA